AGUCAAUGGUAAAAAGAUUGAAGAAACUUGGUCAGACUCAGAGCUCAAAGCUGGCUUCAGCCAUGGAGUUUAGCGCUUUUGGAGUGUGAGCCUGCUGACGCGCUCACAUGCGCGUACCAUUUCCCUCAUCUUUUUCUUUUGCUCUCACUCUCAGCGUACCCAUUUGCGGACCCCUCCCUGACCCUCAAUUCGAUUUUGUCGCUGCUGUGCCUGUGGCUCACUUUUUUGUACACUGUCCAGACUCGCUCCUCGCUCCAACCCCAACACUUCGAUUCGCUCUAAAUUCGCGAAUUCAAUUCCCCUUUUCUCAGCUCAGGGAAGCUCACCAACUCCUUUUUUUUUUCUGCAUCAGACGCCUCAGGAUUCAGGAUUCUGCGAUUAUUGUCAGGUGCUCUUCAUCAAGUUUUAUGGGAAGUUCCGGAGAUGACUCUGACGUGGACACUGAUAUGAGUGAAUCUGAACUGGAUGAGCGGGCAAGCAAGUCCUAUGAAGAACUGAAAAAUGGAAAUCAUAUUGUGAAACUCUCGCACGAGACAUUUACUUGCCCCUACUGCACGAGAAAAAGAAAGAGAGAUUUCUUAUAUAAGGACCUCCUGCAACAUGCUGCUGGAGUAGGCAACAGCACUUCAAAUAAACGGAGUGCCAAAGAGAAAGCAAAUCAUUCAGCUUUACUGAAAUAUUUGCAAAAAGAUAUAGCUGAUGCUGUUGGUCCAUCAAAACCUGCAAACAAAAAUGAUCCUGUUAUGGAUUGUAAUCAUGAUGAAAAGUUCGUUUGGCCUUGGAGAGGAAUUGUGGUAAACAUUCCAACUAGGCGUACAGAUAACGGCCGACUUGUUGGAGGAAGUGGAUCAAAAUUCAGGGAUGAAUUGAAAGAACGAGGAUUUAACCCCUCAAGAGUCACUCCUUUGUGGAAUUACAAGGGCCACUCAGGUUGUGCUAUUGUGGAAUUUAAUAAAGAUUGGCCUGGCUUGCAUAAUGCUAUUUCUUUUGAGCGAGCUUAUGAAGCAGAUCAUCAUGGGAAAAAGGAUUGGCUGGCUACUGGUGCUGAAAAACUGGGACUUUAUGCUUGGGUCGCUCGUGCUGAUGAUUACAACUCAAGUAAUAUAAUUGGAGAACAUUUACGUAAGAUUGGAGACCUUAAGACCAUAUCUGAAAUUAUACAGGAGGAAACACGGAAGCAAGAUAGACUUGUGUCCAACCUUACCAGUAUCAUCGAGCUCAAGAACAAACACUUGAAAGAGAUGGAGGAAAGAUGUAGUGAAACUUCCACCACCCUUAACAAUUUGAUGGGGGAGAGAGAUAGAUUACUUCAAGCUUAUAACGAAGACAUAAAAAAAAUUCAACUGGGUGCAAGGGAUCACCUUAAGAAGAUGUUCGAUGGUCAUGAAAAACUAAAGUUGCAACUGGAAUCUCAAACAAGAGAGUUUGAGUUAAGAAGAAGAGAACUGGAGAAGCGUGAAGCACAAAAUGAAAAUGAGAGCAAGUAUCUGGCUGAAGAACUUGAGAAGUAUGAGGUGAGAAAUAGUUCUCUUCAAUUGGCUGCAUUAGAGCAACAGAAGGCUGAUGAAGAUUUUAUGAAGCUGGCAGAAGAUCAGAAGAUACAAAAGGAGGACCUCCACAAUAAAAUUAUCCGACUGGAAAAGCAACUGGAUGCCAAGCAAGCACUAGAGUUGGAAAUUGAGCGUCUACGUGGGACACUAAAUGUUAUGAAGCACAUGGGAGAUGAUGAGGAUGUGGAAGUCCUCCAGAAGGCAGAGUCAAUAUUAAAAAGUUUGAGUGAAAAGGAAGGGGAACUUGAAGCUCUUGAUGAUCUUAACCAAACAUUGAUAGUAAAGCAGCGCAAGAGUAACGACGAGCUCCAAGAAGCCCGUAAAGAGAUUAUUAAUGCUUUCAAAGACUUGCCCGGUUGUUCUCACUUACGUGUUAAGAGAAUGGGUGAACUGGAUACCAAACCAUUCCUUGAAGCAAUGAAGAAAAGAUAUAAUGAGGAUGAAGCAGAUGAGAGGGCUUCAGAGCUGUGCUCGCUGUGGGCAGAAUAUCUCAAGGACCCAGAUUGGCAUCCUUUCAAAGUGAUUAAGGUUGAAGGGAAAGAUACUGCUGAAGGAAUAGAUAAGGAAAUUGAAAUUUUGAAUGAUGAAGAUGAGAAACUGCAAGAUCUGAAAAAGGAUUACGGUGAGGAAGUGUACAGGGCCGUGACAACAGCUUUAAAGGAGAUAAAUGAAUACAAUCCCAGUGGAAGGUAUAUAAUUUCGGAGCUAUGGAACUACGAAGAGGACAGGAAGGCGACGUUGCGAGAAGGCGUAAAAUUCUUACUGGACAAGCUGAAUUGAAGCAACUAGAAAAGAUGAACUCUAUGAAGCAGCCACGAUGAUCAAACCAACAUAUCAUUGCCUCGAAAUAAAAUGCGUUUCUAUCAGGACAGCGUUCUCAUAUGGAGUUCUCUUCUUUGCCAACCGCAAAACAUAUCACCAGGAGAUGGGAUGUGAGCCAAUAAGUAGUGUCAGUGUAUGUUUUUAAGGCAUUCCUCACCUGUAUAUCAAUUAUUUCCAGAGAUCAUAAAGAUUCGGAUAAUGUUGACUUGCUUAUAUAUCAUUCACUGAUCUUACUGUUUAAUUUGUUUUGAAGAACCUAAUUUACUUUGUCGUUUUCGAUCAGGGGGGCGACAAUUGUAACCUAUAUUUAAUGUCCAGUCUUGAGACUUGAGUGAGUGAUUAUUACUAUCUUGUCUAUGAAUAAUCUAAGUGCUUCUGAGCAAUUUUAUGAAUAGCUUGGACAGCCAUUGUUGAACUCAAGGAUGGUUUAGUUCAUUUGUAUGCU